AUGCCCGGCCAGAAAAUCCUCUGCGUUGCAGAAAAGCCGGCAAUAGCCAAAGCAGUCGCCCAGCAUCUGGCUGGCGGCCGCUUCACCACGCAUUCCAUUCGUGGUAAUCAAUAUGUGAAAAACUACGAGUUCGAGUUCAAUUUCCAACAAUGGGGCAACUGCUCGGUAACCAUGACCAGCGUGCUGGGCCAUCUGACGGGCCUGGAUUUUGAUCCGAAAUACAAGAGUUGGAAGUCCUGCCCACCCAGUCAGUUGUUCGACGCCACCACGUUGACCACCAUCGACAAAGACAAGAAACCCGUGGCCGACAACAUUCAACAACAGGCCCGUUAUGCUCGCAUCCUCUUCAUCUGGACCGAUGGCGACCGUGAAGGGGAGCACAUUGGGGGCGAAGUCCGCGACCAGGCAAAGAAAGGUAAUCCACACAUUAUUGUAAAGCGAGCAAAGUUCAGCAACACCGAAAGGGCCCACGUUGUCCAAGCAGCCCAUUCUCCCAUCGACCUAGAUGAGCGACAGGUUAACGCGGUUGCCGCCAGAAUCGAACUCGACCUGCGUAUCGGGGCUUCCUUCACCAGGUUACAGAGUCUUGAAUUGCAGUGCUUGAGCGAAAAUCUUCGAGACAAGAUGAUCAGUUACGGUUCAUGCCAGUUCCCCACCCUCGGAUUCGUGGUCGAACGGUACAACAGGGUAAGAAGAUUCAAGCCAGAGACCUUUUGGUUCAUCAAGCUUGUACAGGUCCGGGAUGGAAUACGUGUCAGUUUCAACUGGCGGAGAGUCCAUCUCUUUGACCGAGCGGCAGUCACUAUACUGUUUGAGGCAUGUCUUGACGCGAAAUACGCCCGAAUUACAAAGGUGCAGACAAAGCCGACGUCAAAGUGGCGCCCAUUGCCUUUGACCACCGUGGAACUACAAAAGCAAGGAAGUCGCUUCCUGCACAUGACUAGUCAUCAAGUCAUGUCGGUGGCGGAAAAGCUAUACACAAAAGGCUUCAUCAGUUAUCCCCGCACAGAGACCGACCAGUUUCCUCGAGAGUUCGGAUUCCGAGCGAUUGUCGAGCGGCAGACUAGAGACGAGCGUUGGGGACAAUACGCGCAAGGAUUGCUUGAUAAUGGGUUGCGAAUUCCUCGCUCAGGGAGCCACAACGAUCAAGCCCAUCCUCCAAUCCACCCGGUCAACUACGCUGCGCCUUCCGCCCUUGAUCAACACGAGAAGAAAGUGUAUGAAUUUGUGACCAGGAGAUUCCUUGCUUGCUGUUCAGAUGAUGCCAAGGGCGACGCCACCGACAUUGAGCUGCUCUGGGGCACUGAGACUUUUCAUACCCACGGACUUAUUGUUCGUCAACGAAACUACCUUGAUGUCUAUGUGUACGACAAAUGGGAAAGCAGUCAGCAGCUCCCUGGCUUCACCGUUGGUGAAACCUUUGAACCUUCCGAAGCCAGCAUGAGUGACGGGAAGACAACGGCUCCUGGAUAUCUUACCGAACCCGAACUUAUUGCCCUCAUGGACGCAAACGGGAUUGGUACCGACGCAACAAUGGCCGAGCAUAUCUCCAAGAUCAAGGACCGCUCAUAUGUCGAUACCAGGCCCCAAUCUGGGAGCGGUCGCAAUUCUGUGCAGGAAUUCAUUCCUACAACACUUGGGGUGGCGUUGAUUGAGGGAUACGACAAUGUGGGUCUCGACGUCAGUGUCAGCAAGCCGUUCCUCCGCAAAGAGAUGGAACUCAAGAUGAAGGCCAUCUCGGACGGGCGUAAGAGUCGCACUGAAGUCGUUCAAGAGAGCUUGGACCAGUAUAGAGAAGUGUUUGUCAAGACACAGCGUGAGAUUGACGUUCUAAAGGAGGCUGUGACUAAGUAUGUUGUAAAUGCCAGCACUCACUAA